CCUCAGCUCAAACUGAAGAGGAGGACACAGUCGGUCAAAAGAGAAUGAAGAAAAGAAGGAAAUUUGAAGAUUAUGUUCAAGGGUCAGAUUUGUCUGCUGAGGAGGAUGAGUCUUUGCCAGACAAGAAAAAGGAGGAUACAGUGUUGCUUCCGGUUCCUCCGCCAAAGCUCUCACAUAGGGGACCAAAUGCAAUGCUGCUUCAGUUACCUGCACCACCAGAACUGGCUAACACUGCCAUUAGACAACCAGAGAGUCCUGCAUCUUCAGACAUUACUGGAUGUUCUCGUUCAACGCUUCACCGUUCACCCACAAGGUCUGAAUCACCAGAAGCAUUUAGUCCAAUGUCAGCCAGUUCUAGGCGUUCUCGUACACCUCAGCGUGGAGUUCGAAUGCCAUCACUGUCCGAGAGCAGAAAAGGUCGGGCAUCCUCAUCCAGAUCUAGGCGUUCUCGUACACCUCAGCGUGGAGUUCGAAUGCCAUCACAGUCCGGGAGCAGAAAAGGUCGGGCAUCCUCAUCCAGAUCUAGGCGUUCUCGUACACCUCAGCGUGGAGUUCAAAUGCCAUCACAGUCCGGGAGCAGAAAAGGUCGGGCAUCCUCAUCCAGAUCUCGUACACCUCAGCGUGGAGUUCGAAUGCCAUCACUGUCCGAGAGCAGAAAAGGUCGGGCAUCCUCAUCCAGAUCUAGGCAUUCUCAUACACCUCAGCGUGGAGUUCGAAUGCCAUCACAGUCCGGGAGCAGAAAAGGUCGGGCAUCCUCAUCCAGAUCUAGGCAUUCUUGUACACCUCAGCGUGGAGUUCGAAUGCCAUCACAGUCCGGGAGCAGAAGCUUAUUCCCCAUGUCUCAAGCUAAAUACCAGAAGUCAGUGCUUGGAAAGCUAGUUGAAAUUCUAGAUGAGAUAAAAAGAGUGGGGAGGCACUAUGAGCCCCUGAAUUCGGCUGUCCAUGUUGCUAGACUAGAAACCUUAGAAGAGUUUGCUCAAGAAGAGGCACGUCUCAAGGACCACAACCUCUGGGAACUAAGGGUGUCCCAGCUCUCAAAGGUAGGAGGGAGGAACAAUAAAGACUGCGUCCAUAAAGUGAUGGACAGGCUUUUCACCAACAGCCUAAUGGCAUCUUUCAACAUGAAGGGGCGGGGUAGCAGUGAGAAAAAAGCCUUCCAAGAGACAACUUUUUACUCUGUGGUAAAAGCUGCAGUAAUGAAGUGGAGUAAAACUGCCACAGAAGUAGAAAUCAGGACUGCUAUGGCUGAGACACUUAAACAUGCUCCCGGGAGAGCUGGAGGUGGAGGUCGCAAAGUGUGAAUUUU